AUGCCGCGGCCGCCCCGCGGCCUCCCGCGCCCGCCGCGCCGCUCCGCAGCCACCGCCGCGGCGCCCGGCCGCCGCCUGCUGCUCUCCGCGCCCAUCUUCUACGCCAACGGGCCGCCGCACAUCGGGCACCUGUACUCCGCGCUGCUGGCCGACGCGCUGCACCGGCACCGCGGCCUCCGCGCCGCCGGCCCGAGCCGCCUCUCCACGGGGACCGAUGAGCACGGGCUGAAGAUCCAGCAGGCCGCGGCCGCGGCCCAGACGUCGCCCCCGGAGCUCUGCGAGCGGGUGUCGGGCCUCUUCCGCCAGGCCUUCACCCGGGCCGCCGUCUCCUUCACCGACUUCAUCCGCACCAGCGAGCCGCGGCACCAGCGGAGCGUGCGGCAUUUCUGGGGAGCCCUGCGGGAUGGCGGGGCCCUGUACAAAGGCUGUUACGAGGGCUGGUACUGCACUGCCGAGGAGUGCUUCCUGCCCGAGAGCCAGCUGGCCGAGCGCACCGACGCGCAGGGCCGCCCCUGCAAGGUGUCUGUGGAGAGCGGCCAUCAGGUGCACUGGACCAAGGAGGAGAACUACAUGUUCAGGCUGUCGGCGUUCCGGGACCCGCUGCGGUGGUGGCUGCGGGACAACCCCGGGGCCAUUUGCCCCGAGCCCUUCUACCGGCGCGUGCUGAGCUGGCUGCAGGACGAGCUGCCCGACCUGUCGGUGUCUCGGGAGCGCCGCCGGCUGCAGUGGGGCAUCCCCGUCCCAGGAGACCCCACACAAACGGUUUACGUGUGGGUCGAUGCCUUGGUGAACUACCUGAGCGCGGUGGGCUACCCCGAGACGCACGGCGAGUGGUGGCCGGCCGCGCACCACGUCGUGGGCAAGGACAUCCUCAAGUUCCACGCCGUGUACUGGCCAGCGCUGCUGCUGGCCGCGGGGCUGGCUCCUCCCGAGCGCAUCCUGGUGCACUCCCACUGGACUGUGAGGGGCCAGAAGAUGUCCAAGAGCCUGGGCAACGUGACGGGCGCGCUGGGCUGCAUGGAGCAGCACACGCCGGACGGGCUGCGCUACUUCCUGCUGCGCCAGGGCGUGCCCGAGCGCGAUGGCAACUACUACGACGAGAAGGUGGCCAAAGUGGUGAACUCGGAGCUGGCAGAUGCCCUCGGGGGGCUCCUGAACCGCUCCACGGCCCCCAGCAUCAACCCCAGCAACACUUACCCGCGUUUCUCGGCGUCCUGCUUUCCCAAGGUGGUGGGUCACGGGGAGACGAGAGGCGUGGGGAGGGCUCGUGCCGAGGACUACGCGCUGGUGGCUGCUGUGGCUGCCCUGCCGCUGCACGUGGCUGAGUGUUUCGAAAGUUUCCAGAUCUACAAGGCUUUGGAGAGCAUCGACCUGUGCGUCAGGCAGAGCAACAGCUUCUUCCAGAGACACGCGCCGUGGAAACUCAACCGAAAGGAGCCGUCGGAGCGGCUCUGGCUCGACACCAUCGUCCACGUGACACUGGAGUGCCUGCGUGUGUACGGCACCCUCCUGCAGCCCGUCAUCCCACACACUGCAGACAAGCUGCUUUCCAGGCUGGCUGUGCGGCCAGAGGAGAGAGGUCUGGCAGAUGUGACGUUCCUGCCACGCUACGACGGGAAGCCGUGUCCCUUCGAAGGGAGACAGCUCGGCCCUGACACCGGCCUCUUAUUCCGCAGACUAGAGAAGUCAAGCCCAUGUCAGGUAGAGAAGCUCUAGUCUGACAAAGAGUUCCUGUCGCAAUACAAAGCUCUGGGAGCGCCCAGGAGCUGCCUCUGUUAAAGUCA